UGCCUUCUUUUGCUUAUUUUUUAACUUAACUUUUAGGUAGAAAAGCAGCCUAAUUUUGAACACAACGUCUACAUGUAUUGUUACUUUAUCGGCUUUAUUAUCAUUGGAUUAUUUCUUCCUCUGGCCAUGCUGAUCGGUGUUAUUCUUGCAAAUUUCAACAAGCAUAAAAUAAAGCAGGGAGGCUUAAAUAUCUUUAUGACAGUAAAACAGAAGAAACAAUAUGGUGCACUAAAGAAGCUGAUAUAUGAGGAUUCUGAGAAACCAAUACCUCGCCCAGGAAACAAGUUCCAAGGAUUCAUCUUUGACUUAGUAACAAAUCGAGUUUUUAAUAAUAUCAUUAUGGUUCUUAUCUAUAUCCAAGCAAUAACCAUUAUGAUACAAAGUGAUGAACAAAGUCUAAAAAUGGACAUUGCCCUCUUCUGGAUUAACAUUUUUUUUGUUAUGCUCUACACUGGAGAAUGUGUAUUGAAGCUCAUCUCUUUUCAAUGUAACUACUUCACCAUUGGAUGGAACGUUUUUGAUUUUAUGGUAGUCAUUUUCUCUAUUACAGGGCUAUUUCUGCCUUUUAUGGUAGGAUACUACCUGGUGCCUCCUUCCCUCUCACAACUGAUACUUCUGUCUCGGACCAUCCACAUCUUGCGUCCUGGGAAAGGACCAAAAGUCUUCCAUGAUCUGCUGCUUCCUUUGAUGCUGUCCCUCCCAGCAUUGUUGAACAUCAGUCUUCUCAUCUUCCUCGUCAUGUUCAUCUACGCCAUCUUUGGAAUGUACAAUUUUGCCUAUGUCAAAAAGGAAGCUGGAAUUAACGAUGUGUCCAACUUUGAAACCUUUGGUAGCAGUAUACUCUGUCUUUUCCAAGUUACAAUCUUUUCUGGUUGGGAUGGGAUGCUCAAUGCAAUUUUCAAAAGUAAAUGGUCUGACUGUGAUCCUGAUAAAAUUAACCCUGGGACUCAGGUUAGAGGAGACUGUGGUAACCCCAUUGUUGGGAUUAUUUAUUUUGUCAGUUUCAUCCUCAUAUCGUGGCUGAUCAUUGUAAACAUGUACAUUGUUUUUAUUAUGGAGUUUUUGAAUAUUGCUUCUAAAAAAACUGUGAAGACUUUGAGUGAAGGUGAUUUUCAGAAAUUCUUUCAGGUAUGGAAGAGGUUUGAUCCUGAUAGGACCCAGUAUAUAGACUCCAGCAAACUUUCAGAUUUUGCAGCUGCCCUGGAUCCUCCUCUUCUCAUGGCAAAACCAAACAAGGGCCAGCUCGUCGCCAUGGAUCUGCCCAUGGCUGUUGGGGAUAGAAUUCAUUGCCUUGACAUCUUACUUGCUUUUACAAAGCGAGUUAUGGGUAAAGAUGUGAAGAUGGAGAAAGUUCUUUCAGAGAUAGAGUCAGCGUUUAUGUUAGCCAACCCUUUUAAGAUCACAUAUGAGCCAAUUACAACUACUCUGAAACGAAAACAAGAGGCAGUCUCAGCAACCAUCAUUCAGCGUGCUUACAAAAGUUACCGUUUGAGGCAAAAUGACAAAAAUACAUCAGAUAUUCAUAUGAUUGAUGAUGACGUGGAAGUUCAAGCUACCAAUGAAGCUGCCCCUUUUGAUAAAGCUGAGGAAAAGUCAACUAUUAAAAGCCAGGUCUAAUCUCAUUUACCACCUUACCACCUUCUUCACAUAUCCUUCAAAUGUUAUAAGUCUAAAUCAGGAAUAAAAGCAAAGAUUAGAGAAAGUAAAGAUUUCACUUAAUAAUUACUUGUUUAUAACUCUUGCUUGUUUUCACAUGACUCCUUGUCAAAUUCACUUUUUACUCCUAUAUAGUCAGUGCAACCAAGACAGCCCUUUAAAUCACUGCAGUGAGUUACAGUGGGUUAAAAUUGCUGUUUGAUGGUCCAGUGCUUGUUUUCUCUGUAUGGUUUAUGUGGAAUGUGCUUCUUCUGGAGGAUGGGGUGGUAGUUCUAAAGUUUAGUAGGAAAAAGGUCUUCCUUGUGUAUUUUAUGUCUACUUUAACUUGACGGGAUUCAAGUCCUCACUUUCUUAAUGUAGGAUGGUGUUUAAAAAAUAGUACAAUGCCAUGGUUCAUUAAAUCAUCACUUUGCCUAGACAGAUGUCAAUUGAAGGAAGAGGAAGGGCCGUUCUUAGAAAGUGCCUUGGAGAUCAAUCACAGAGCCCCUUGGGCUGAAUCAAACCACUAUUGAAAAAGAUUGGUUGGAGCCCACUUUUUGUUUUAGUUUGUUUUUGUUUUAUUUUUGGUACAGAAAAUUAAUGUAGUUUCACUGUUCUUGGAUUCCUGGUUUCUCAUUUCUGGCUCGUUCCACCUAAGUUCCAGCUCUUCAACAGAAUGGAUUCAUAGAACAAGAAGAAUAAAGGGAACACAGUUAUGACCUACAUUUUCCUCAUUUUUUCUCAUUUACAUUUUUAAGUGUACAUUUACUAAAAUGACAUAAUAGACAAUAUGUUAGUAGACUCAAGUCUUAUCAUAAAACUCAUGUUAUCUUUAUCAUUUAUCUAUAUUGUAACACUGAGUAUAUAAGAUCUGGCAAAUGCAUACCAUAAUAUGACUUAGAAGAGUCAAGAGCUACCAUUGUGUCUAGGGAUUUUCAGUGUCUUGAUCUUUAGUUGGGAAACUGUGGGCACAUUGAAGUCCUUAUCGCUGUACUUCGUAGUUCUUUACAACUUAGAGAAAGAAAAUGAUCACUGAAACUGUGAGGAUUGAGUUAGCAGAUCAAAGUAUAAGUUUGUUGUUGGUGGGGUUUUAUAACAUUAAUAUAUACAAGUUAGUUUUCACUUACUUUUAUCUUUCCAAAUUUUGUUGUUUUAUCUCAUUACAUACAUAAUUACUCGGUAAAAUGUUUUAUGUUUGAAAAACUUUAAAAUCCUAAACAUUAAUGUUCACUAUUGAAAUUAUUUUUGUAAGAUAGGCACAAAGUUGUUUUUCAAUGUUUUCAUAAAGGUACAGGCACAUCCAUGUAGUUUGAGAUUAUAAAAUGUAUUUCUUUUGUAUAAAAUGGAUUUCAAUGUGCCUACAAAUUCCUAAAGGAUUCAAAAAGAUAAUAUGUAUACUGUUGACUUAAAUGACAAGCUUAUGUGACAUUCUAUGCCACUUAAAUAUCAGUAAUUAUAUUUUAUCAUGAAUGCAUGAUCUUGAGCCUUAACUAUUGUAAUCUAACUCUUUCUGCUCCUCAGAAAUAUAUUAUCCUGACCAAGAUGCCUUUGGGGGAUGCCCUAAGCAAGUAUAAAUUCAGGGCUCUUUUCUCCUCCCGUUCUCCAUCAUGUGAUGGGAGCAGUGAGGAAUCAGUGUUAACUUCGUGACAUGGUGAUAGCUGGUGCUUUAUCUAAGCUUCUCAGUUUUCUAUUUCUUGGAAAUGCUUUAAUGUAGAAACUGCUUCAGAUAUUGAAACUGAAUCUUAACUUGCUUCCAUAAAUUCCAUAAAGAACACAAACUGAUUUUAGUUUGAAAAUUAUAUCUUUUACUUAUAAACUGUAUUUGCCACUAACUUACCAAAAUUGUGUAAAAAAUUAUUUUUAACAAAGUCUUACAAUAUACAAUAUAUUCUACUUUUUAGAUACUUUAGAGAAGAAUAAACACAACCUGUUUACCACA